GGAGUUGCAGCCCUGUGAGAAACCCACGGACCGGGAGGUGGGAGGCGCCCUCGGCCGCGCGCCCUUCCCGUAAGCCCAGCUGAGCGAGAGGAGGUGCGCCCUGCCCUCUCGGGGUGGCCCGAGCAGCUCCACCAGAGAAGCACUCGGCGCCCUGGAAAAUACUUGAUGCUUUUUUCCCCCUCCUUGGGAGAAGCGGAGGACCUAAGGAGAGGACUUGAGGGGAGGGCGUGGCGGACUCAGGGUCCCCUGCAAGGUUGCAGAUCCGGCGGACACCCAGUGGCUUUGGAACAGGACUGGGGACACGGAGGAAGCCGGCUAGGAGUAGUAAGAUUGCCCCGCGGUUCUGACUCCCACCGCCGGACCGACGGCUGCGCCAUGUCCAGAGGCCCAGGCUCUACCAUCCUACCGCCAGCCUUGGGGUUCCGGAAGCCUGCUCCCCGGAGCCUCAGCUGCCUAUCGGACCUGGACAGGAGCGCAGCCCCGGAGCCGAGGCCCUGUAGACCCCCGGAGAGCCCGGGCCGCGCGCCGCUGGCCCCCGCCCCCACGGGCUGCGACCCCCAGCUGCGGCCCAUCAUCCUGAGGCGAGCGCGCUCACUGCCCAGCUCCCCAGAGCGCCGCCCGAAGGCCUCGGGUGCGCCAGGCGCUGCGUGUCGUCCAGGCUGCAGCCGGCAGCUCCGCGUGCGCUUCGCAGAUGCUCUGGGCCUGGAGUUGGCCCAGGUCAAGGUGUUUAAUGCGGGAGAUGACCCGUCAGUGCCGCUGCACGUGCUGUCACGGCUAGCCAUCAACUCGGACCUGUGCUGCAGCAGCCAGGACCUGGAGUUCACUCUGCGGUGCUUGGUGCCAGAUUUCCCACCGCCUGUCGAGGCCGCUGACUUCGGCGAGCGUCUGCAGCGUCAGCUUGUGUGCCUGGAGCGGGUCACCUGCUCGGAUCUGGGCAUCAGUGGUACGGUGCGCGUGCGCAACGUGGCCUUCGAGAAGCAAGUGGCUGUGCGCUACACCUUCUCCAGCUGGCGCAAUGCACACGAAGCGGUGGCGCGGUGGCGCGGGCCGGCGGGCUCCGAAGGCACGGAGGACGUCUUUGCCUUCGGUUUCCCGGUGCCACCCUUCCUGCUAGAGCUUGGAUCGCGUGUGCACUUCGCCCUUCGCUACCGAGUGGCCGGUGCUGAGUACUGGGACAACAACGACAGCCGUGACUACAGCCUCACAUGUCGCAACCACGCUCUGCACAUGCCACGUGGGGAGUGUGAAGAGAGCUGGAUCCACUUCAUCUGAGCAGCGGUCAGGGUACCUGGAACGCUGAGGUGCUGGUCUGCAGGUCUUUCCUGACUGGGUGGCCACUUCUUGUUUUUAGGUUCACCUACCCUUCCGCACCCCCAAGUUCUGAACUCGUUUCCUUUGCAAGGUCUCUUGACAGUGGCCCUUCCUGCCUUCUACAUGAAAUUUCCGUGUCACCUUGUCUAAUGAGUAGCCUCACGUAGCCAGCAGGCCAACUCGGUUGUGGAGUGUGUUGGGGGAGGGUCCUGGGAGGGUAAGUGCAUGGGAGUGUGUGCCUCUCUGGAGAGGACCCAGGCCUGGUUUUGGGGAAAGACCCACCUACUGCUAGGAAGGCCUUUUGCAUGUGUCUGGAAUGUGUCCCUGAACUAGCUGAUAUUUGUUAUUGUGAUGUUGGGACCUUAGGCCCAUAGCUGAUACCUUCUCAGGAAUAUUCUGAAUUUAAUAAGCUUAAAGUCCUGUUGUGUGUUUGUGCCCAUUGUAAACAAAAUGUGCAGUGUGACCUGCAUUAUGGUCCCUGGAGGCAUUCCUGCCCUGGGACAAGGAAAAUCUGAGACCUCAUUUGCUUGCCAAUGCCUGUAGCCUUCUAGCAGUGGCAACUAUUAAUAGGCAGAGACCUCUGCCUCACUAGCCAUCACACAGCCUUUCUGGGCUUUGCUGCAGUGUCUCUUCCAUACCAAUAGCUGAGGAGAAAGUCGAGGCUGCCUUUCCUCUGCCUGCCCUCCUCUCCCAUCCUGCUCUGCUCUUCUCUUGUUCUUGUUUGGUAAUUGUGUGUCUGCACAUUAUCUCUUGGGCCAUCCUCUUUGGGUUUGAAACUACCUAAACAUUUUAAGAAAUCUUGCCUUAAGUUAUUUCAAUUUUCAGGUGACUAUAAAAUUUCAAGCAACAUGCCCUUUGUAAUUACUUUUUUGACAAUGAAGGUGACUUUAAUUUCCUUUUAAGCAUCAGAAAAUUCCAGGAUUUGUCUUUUCCAAGUCCAGUUACCAAGUGGAACUAGAAGGUGUUUUCAGCAUUAGCUAGAGCCCUUGAGGAAAAAUAAUUCACAAAUUUUAUACUUCUGAGUUAUUUUAAAUUAUACUUAUAUGUCAGGUUUUUAUCAGCUACCUGCAACUUUAUUCUUUGUGCCUUCAGAUAGGAGAAAUUUUUAACAUUUUCUGGACUUGUUUCCCAGUUUUUAAAUGUUAAAUGCUUUAAAAAAAAAAAAAAAACCACCUCCAACCAAGUAGCCAAGCCCACUGCUCCA